AUGGAAGAAACAACACCACCACAUGUAUCCAGGCAAUAUUUAGUUGUCAAUGAAGAAAAUAGUGGAUCUAGUAAUAGUGUUGCUAAAAAAAGUCAGACUGAUAAACAAGAAAAUAAAUCUGUUAGUAUCUACAUGAUAUUUGCUCCAUUAUUCGGUUAUCUUGGUGACAGGUAUAACAGAAAAAUAAUAAUGAGUAUUGGAGUAUUUAUUUGGUGCCUAACAACACUCCUCGGGUCUUACAUGAAGACUUUUGAAACAUUCAUUCUCUUCAGAAUGUGUGUCGGAAUUGGCGAAGCUAGUUAUUCAACAAUAGCACCUACGAUAAUAAGUGACUUAUUUGUAAAAGACACUAGAUCUAAAAUGUUAGCGUUGUUUUACUUCGCUAUUCCUGUAGGAAGCGGGUUGGGGUAUAUUACCAGCGGUAAAAUAGCCCAAGCGACUGGCAAAUGGUACUGGGGAUUAAGGAUAACUCCUGGGCUAGGAAUUCUAGCGAUCCUUUUAAUUUUGCUGUUCGUUAGAGACCCUGCCAGGGGAGAAAAAGAAGGUGGUUCUCAUAUUUCAAGCACUUCG